AUGUCUAUCGUGCCCAUCAUCACCUUCAAGGCGGGUCUCUGUGACGUCGAUCAAACGUCCAAGCCGUACAAGGUGAAAGCGCAACCCGAGCCCGGAUACAUCUACCUGUAUGCCGAAGAUGACCUGAUUCAUUUCUGCUGGCGGAAACGAAGCGCCCCAAUGGACCAACCCGAGCUGGAGCUGGUGAUGGUACCGACCGAUGGCCGCUUCGUACCAGUCGAGCCCAAGAGCUCAGAUCCCGCGUCCGCCAAGACCAACGGCCGCAUCUUCGUCCUCAAGUUCGCCUCAUCCUCGCAGAGAUACCUCUUCUGGCUCCAGUCAAAACCACAGGCACGCAGCGGGGACGCUGCCUGGCUCAGCCCCCGAGACCGCAAGAUUGGCGACAUUGUCGACAGACUACUGCAAGGGGAGGAGGUCGAUGUCACCCGGGAGCUGUCCUCGGUCCGAAACUCAAACGACGACAGCCGCCGAGACGAUGACGACGAGACAAUGGAGGACGUGGAGGGCCACGGCGAUCCCAGUGAGCAUCAUGGCGGAGGCAGCGGUGGCGCGGGUGCCGAUGCCACCGGCGGCGAUGUUCGACAAGAGGGUGAAGACGCUCGCGAGGGAGGGGCGGACGGUGCAAGAGCUGCCAGUGACUCCGCUCCAGAUGCCGCGGCGAUGGUGCGCAACUUUCUAGAGUCGCUGAAGGGCGGUCCUGGUAUGGGUGGUGGCUCACAGCAAGCGGAGGGCAAGCUCUUCCCCCUUCUAACGGACCUCCUCGAAACCUCUACGACAAUACCCAUGAUUCACAGCGCAUCGGAGGAGUACGUCGAUGGCCUGCUGAGCUGCCUUCCACCAGUUGUUCUUGUCCUUGCCCAGCAGGGAGACAAUGGCGACGACAUUGCUGACAUUGAGCCGACAUCUGAAUCGGCCGAGGCUGCGCUUGCGACGAUGAGCUUGGCGCAGAAGAAGAGUCUACUAGAGAAGGUACUACGGAGCCCACAGUUUCACCAGAGCCUGACGAGCCUGACUAUGGCACUUCGAGACGGAGGGCUGCCAACUAUUGCUGAAGCUCUGAAGAUCAAAGUUGAGAAUGGAGGCUUGGUGAGAGGCGGCAAUGUGCCUCUUGGUGGUGGUGAUGCUGUCGAAGCUUUUGUAGAAGCGCAGUUCGACGCUGACGACCGUAUUUCGUUCUCCAAGCUCGACAACAAGUACAUUGCCGUCCAAGACGAUGGCACCGAGCUCGAAUUCGAUUCCUCACUAAAGAGAUGGAUCCCCAUUACCGACGAGGCUGACGAGGCCCUCAUCGAGCAACAGCAGCUGGGCUACAUGGCAGGCGGCCCCGAUGAUGCAUCCUCUAGCUCUGCGCAGGGCAAGAAGAGGAAGCAGGACCAUUCGGACAACGGCUACGGCUACGAGGACAAUAAUGGCCGCGCCCCCAAGAACCAGAAGAAGCAGAACCAGCGGCAGCCGCCGGCGCCGAAGCAGAACACGGCCGUCUACGUCACGGGGCUCCCGCUCGACGCGACGGCGGAGGAGGUCGCGGAGCUGUUCAGCCACAAGUGCGGCGUGAUCGCGGAGGAGAUCGACAGCGGGCGGCCGCGCAUCAAGAUGUACGCGGACGCCGAGACGGGCCGCUUCAAGGGCGACUGCCUGAUCGUCUUCUUCAAGCCCCAGAGCGUCGACAUGGCCAUCAUGCUGCUCGACGACGCCCCCUUCCGCUGGUCCCCGUCCGGCGACGCCUCCUCCAGCGGCCGCAUGCGCGUCCAGGCCGCCGACGCAAGCUACAAGAAGACGCAGUACGACAAGCAGCCCGGAGAGGACGCGCGCGAGGCGGCGUCCGCCGAGAACAACAGCAGCAGAAAGCAGGGCGGCAACCGGCCCAGCGACAAAGAUAGGCAGAAGGUCAUCAGGAAGACGCAGAAACUGGACGCAAAGUUGGCAGACUGGUCGGACGAUGAGCCGUCAACCCUGCCGAUGGAGAGCAAGAGCUCGAAGUGGAGCAAGGUGGUCAUUCUACGGCACAUGUUCACGCUUGAAGAGCUCGAGGAGGAUCCCGCGGCCCUCCUGGAGAUCAAGGAGGACAUACGAGAGGAAUGCGAGAAGCUGGGCGAGGUCACGAACGUUGUGCUCUACGACCAAGAGAAGGAGGGCAUCGUGAGCAUCAAGUUCAAGAAGGUGGACGCCGCCGCCGCGUGCGUGGAGCUGAUGGACGGCCGUAGCUUUGGCGGCCAGACAGUGGAGGCUUUCAUUGCUACGGGGCGAGAGCGAUUCAAGAAGACGAAGAACAAGGACAACGAAGAGGAUGAGGAUGAUGACUAG